AAAAAUUGAAGUUUAAGGAUUUUUUUAGUACUUUUUGAAGUUUGAGGGUAGUUUUAGUCCAAAAAUGAAAGUUGAGGGACUGAAUCGGGGAUAUAACCAAAAAAAUAAUAAUAACCGUACAAAAUUACAAUUAACUGCUUUACUGUAUUCUCCGAUUCUUCUCCUGCACAGAUUGGUGGCGGGUCUCCCGAAUUCCACUGGGUUGCUGGCUUGCUGCAAAUACCCCCUCGUGCAAAGUUCACCUUUCACCGAAAAAUCUCUAGUUUCCUCCGAUUCCCGACUUCUCCUUCUCCGUUGCUCACUCUCCCAGUUCCGUUUCUUUUCCUUCUACCCAAAUUCAACAGCUCUCUCUCCAAUCCCUGUUUUUUUACAACGUACAGCCAUCACCCAUGGAUGCAGCUUGAUUCUUGAUUCUGACAUGCAGGAUUUUUCCAAGCCAACUUUGAAUUAUGCAUCUGCCUAGGACAACAAUGCUUGAUUUUUCUCAACGGGAUGGAUGCCUUAAUGCCUCAGGUAAUAUAUGCCACUUACAAUUUAUUAGUUUUUAUUUGUGUUCUUUCUUGUGUGUGUGUGUGGGUGCAACUCUGUUAGUUAAUCAAUUGGAAAGAAAAUU